UUUCGAUACAAGAUUGAGUUGUCGGUGACGGCGGCUGGGAGCGUUCGUCCGCAAAAUUGUAAAUUGUUCGCGACCGCGGAUACAAUUUCUGAGUUUUUCUAUGUGAUAGCGCAAGUGAAACGGUAAACAUUCCACGCAAAUGCAUUGAUCCAGUCAGGGUGCAAUGAAACUCUAGUCUUUAGUCGAGGAAAAUUUGGCAAGUCGCAAAUACCGCCCACAAGAUUUUUCCACUCUAGUACUUUGCGCUUGUUUUUUUUUGUGGUCCGACCGAGCCGAUAGACUACAUCGUGCGGAAAAAUGUCGGUAAAUUUGAAUAAAAACCGCGAUAAAAUCAUAGCGGCCUGGAAGGAGGUGAUCGAUGAUAAGACGGCGACCGAUUGGGCGCUCUUUGGGUACGAGGGGCAAACGAAUGAUCUGAAAUUGGUCAGCACCGGUGACGGUGGUCUGGAGGAGCUCUGCGACGAGUUGAAUAGCGGCAAAAUUAUGUACGCAUUUGCCCGUAUCGAGGACCCAACGACGAGUCUCACCAAAUUUCUGUUGAUAAAUUGGCAGGGCGAAGGCGCUCCAGUCCUCCGCAAGGGAACUUGUGCAAAUCACAUUCACGAUGUUGCCAAACUGUUAACUGGGGCUCACUUAACAAUAAAUGCUCGCGUUGAAGAUGACAUCGACAAAGAACGAUUGCUAAAUAAACUUAGCAAAGUCAGCUCAGCAUACAGUUUCAAAGAAACACGUAUUGUACAUGAUGAACAGAAAACCCCAAUUGGCACAAAUUACAAUCGUGUUAUCCCAGCCAAAGAGCUCAACCCAGCUGAGAUGCAGAAUUUCUGGAAAAAGGAGGAGGAAGAAGAACGUGAACGCAUUGAAAAGGAGAAAGAACGUAAAAGACUAGAAAUUAUUAAAGCUGAAGAGGAGCAACGUGCUCGCGAAGAACGGGAACAUCGUGAACGAGAGAAGAAAAUAUUGGAAGAUGCGCGUCUACAAUCGGCCCAUACACCAAUUAAAACAUCACCACAGCCUUUAAGCCCUAUCAAAACCUUAGACAGUCCAACAAGAACAAUGACGGAAGCGGAAAGGAUGAGACAACAAAGGAAUCAAGAAGCGCGAGAAUUGAUUGGAUCACGAGUUGGAACGGCUAAAGCUAUUUUCACUCAAAACACAUGUGAUGGACAAAUGCAAACAAAGACUGCUGCCCCCGUAAAGCCAGUAAGAAAUUCAAUUGCUCAACGAAUCAACGCAUUGAAUAGCAGCACCCAACAAAGAGCCAACGAUGAAGAAACUCCACGACCUGUGAAAGCACAACCCAUCCCUAAAACUGCGGCUCCAAUUGAAAUUAUCCCCGAGACACCUCCAAUAAAGGAAGUAACUUCAACUGUUAGUGUUGCGCCAAAUGAUACCAAUACUUGCCAAACAUCUGCCGAAACUUCGACAAUCUCGGUAUCGCCUAGUAAUCAACCAACACAGCCAGCUACAGCCGCACCAACAGAUGAAUAUGACGAAUUUGAAGAUCAGUAUUCAACGAUUAAACGUUCACCUCAUAGUAAAACUAAUUCACUAGCCUCGCCAGAUGAGCCAGUCAUCACAUCGACCGUUCAACAGAAGCAGCAGCAACAGGAAGUACCACAGCAAACAGUCGUUAGUAAUGGCAAUGGACAGAGAUAUGAUCCCGUCACAGAAGAUGACAUUCUUUACCAGGAUGCUCUGAACGACGGCGGAUUAAAAGCUCGAGCACUAUACGACUACCAAGCUGCUGAUGAGUCGGAAAUAACAUUUGAUCCAGGUGACAUCAUCACCCACAUAGAUCAAAUCGACGAAGGUUGGUGGCAAGGCCUCGGUCCAGAUGGUACCUAUGGACUGUUCCCAGCUAACUAUGUUGAAUUGAUAAAUUAACAUAGGACCCGUAUUUAGUUACAAAUAUGACGAUGUCGAUUGUAAUUGGGAAUGCAAUCGUCGGACAAUCUGAGAUAAGUUUGCAUUUUUUUUCUCUUUAAUAUUAAUCAUUGUAAGAUGUAGGUAAUUUUAGAGGAGAAAUUGAAGAGAAGAACAGAAGAUGGUUAGUCUUGAUAGGAUCAAUUUUUUAUAGCAGUAUUUAUGGAAAUUUACAUGAGUCAUUAAUGUUGAUUGAUAGUUAUAAUUGUCACAAGCAGAUUUUGGAGAAUUGAAAAUGAUGUGACCAGAAAAUUGAAAGUUAGAGUUUGAUGAUAUGGAUCCCAGGAUGAUUCAAGUAGGUUGAGGAAUUUGAGACAACAGAGUUUAGUGAUGAUUGUUAAUUUUUAAUCCAACUGCGGACAUAUAGUUUAUGGGAUGGGCCAAGGAACUUGUUAUGUAGGUUUGUGUGGUCAAAUCUAGCAGGUAUUGUUGCCAAGAAUGGUAUAAUUUAGGGUACCAGAAAAGGUAACAGGAAGGUCCUAAAUGAGCCUCAGAAGUAACUUUAUAUGUUGCCAAACUCUUACUUAUUUCGGUAUUCUCUCACUCAGCAAAGGAUGUUAUUAUUAAAUAUCAAUUCCCUUCAAAAGUACUCUCAGAAUUACGAAAGUGUUGAAAAAUAAGAGAAGGUAAGGAAGUACUAAGGAUUUUCAGCCGAUAUAAUGCCUUAAAAAACUGCCAGCGACGGUGUAACUCCUCUGAAUCAUUCACUCGACCCAUUUUGGAAGCAUAAAAAAUUAGAUAAAAGCGCCACCGAAAUUAUCAGUGAAGUCAAGCGAUGACGGCUAUACGGUUUCUUACCAGGGCAGAGGCAAAUCGUCAGACGCUGCCUCCCAGGGAAGAGG